AUGACUACAAAGAGUAGAAAAUCAAAGACUGAAAUGGAGGAAAUGAAUACUCCAGAUUAAGAUGAGUUUGAAUAAAAGAAGAAAAAAAUAGAAGAAAUCCUGCAGAAAGCUUUAGAUUAUACUUAAAAACUUAUUCUACAUAGAAAAGAAGCUAGUAAAUAGGCAAUAUAGUAGACAGAUGAUUUUAAGUCAAAAAAGAAAGAAUCAAAAAGAAAGCAUGACAGAGAAUAGCAACAAUAAAUUAACAAAGAAGAAAGAAUUAUGUAAAGAAAAUCAACUGGUAGCGAAAAUGAUUAUACUUACUUGACAGUUUAGCCUAGUAAUAUUUAAUUUGGUGUAUUAAAGAAUUAUUAAAUGAAUGGUUUGAACUGGCUAAUAUAGUUAUAUGAAUUGAAAAUGAAUGGAAUUUUAGCUGAUGAUAUGGGUUUAGGAAAGACCAUUUAAACAAUCUCUAUGAUAGCCUUUUUAAAGCAAUUUAAGCAUAUUAAUGGUAAGCAUUUGAUUAUUGGACCUCUUGCAACAUUAAAUAAUUGGUUAAAUGAAUUUACUAAAUGGCUUCCUUGCUGUAAAGCAACUAUUUUAUAUGCUAGAGAAGAAGAAAGAAAUAAAACUCUUUAGGAAUAUGUGAAAUCUGAUAAAUUUGAAGUUAUUAUUACUUCUUAUGAAGGCAUCAAAAAAUCUGCAUCUGACCUUUAGAAAAUUUAAUGGGAAUAUAUGAUUGUGGAUGAAGCACAUAAAUUAAAAAAUGACUAGAGUCAGCUCAGUUUACUUUUACGUAAAUUUAAAACAAAAAAUAGAUUGCUGCUCACUGGUACACCUCUCCAAAACGACAUUCAUGAAUUAAUUAGUUUGCUUAAUUUUGUCAUGCCAUAAAUUUUUACUGACUGUGAUACAUUUGAUGAAUUUUUAACCUCUAAGAAAAAGAAGCAAUCAGAGUCUGAGUCUGACAGAUAGCAAGAAAAUAAUGAGGAACCUAACGAAGAAUAUAAUUAAGAAGACAAUCUUAGUGAGAUAGAUAAAUAAAAAAUGGAAUUAGUUAAAUAGCUUCAUCAAAUUAUUACACCUUUCAUGCUUAGAAGAACCAAAGAGGAUUCACUUAAAGAUUUACCUCCCAAAAAAGAAAUACAUUUGUAUGUUGGUUUAAGUGAUUUACAAUUAAAAAUGUAUAGAAACAUUCUUCUAAACAAAACAAUAGACAGUGUAUACAUAGGAGAUUAAAAAAGGAAUUAUAAUAAUACACUAAUGUAGCUCAGAAAAGUAUGUAUACAUCCUUAUCUUUUUGAUGGUGUUGAAGACAGAUCUCUCCCAGAAUAUGGAGAUCACCUUGUUUACAAUAGUGGUAAAAUGGUGGUCUUAGACAAAUUGCUUAAAAAAUUGUACCAAGAGAAAGAAAAAGCUCAUCAAGUUUUGAUUUUUACUUAAUUCACAACUUGUUUAGAUAUUUUAGAAGAUUAUUUGAUAGGAAAAGCUUGGAAUUAUUGUCGUAUAGAUGGUAGUACAGAAGUUAAUGAAAGAGAAUAAAUGAUGAAUGAGUUUCAAAGAGAUGACUCCGAUAAAUUUGUUUUCCUUCUUUCAACUAGAGCAGGUGGAUUAGGAAUUAAUUUGACAAAAGCUAACUUUGUUGUAAUAUUUGAUAGCGAUUUUAACCCAUAGAUAGAUUUGUAAGCAAUGGACAGAGCAUAUAGAAUUGGUUAAACGAGGGAAGUGAAGGUGAUCAGACUAAUUACUUAAUUUACUGUAGAAGAAAAAAUAAUAGAGAGGUAAGGUAUUAAAUUGAAGUUGGAUUAACUUAUCAUACAAAGUGGAAGAUCUUAUUCUACAAAUUUCAACUUAGACUAGCAUAACAUAAAGAAUAUAACCUAAUUUGGUGCAGAUGAAAUAUUCAAAGCAAAAGGAUCAACCAUCUCAGAUGAUGAUAUUGAUAUGAUUCUGGCAAAAGGUGAAAAAAAGACUGAUGAGUAAAAUAAAGAAAUAUAAAAAUUAGUUGAAGAAAAAAUGAAAGGACUGUUUGAUUUAGAAGUUAAAAGUAUCAAAUGCAAAGAGCUAUUUGGUGAAGAUCCUCGUUUAUAGGACGAAAUAGCUAUUAAGCAAGCUGCUCUUUAAUCAGAGCUUGAAGAAAAGAAAAAAAUUUACGAAGAUUAAAUUAAAAAAAAUAAAUUAAUUAAAGUUAAGAUUAUUUAAUUACCUGAAUACCAGCUUUUUGAGAGUAAAUCAAGGUUAGAGCAACUAUUAUAAAAAGAGGAAGAGUACUUAGCUAGAGGAGGAAUAAUGUACAAAGUCGGUUUGUACAGUGAAGAAUUUAUAUAAAAUAUGGCAAAAAAUAAUGGUCUUACUGAUGAUGAAUUGAAAGAAAAAGAGUAAUUAAUGUAAUAAGGAUUUCCUUAUUGGGAUGCUAAUGAUUACAAAGAAUUUUUGAAAGCUUCUUACUUGUACGGAAGAGGUGAUUUCGAAAAAAUUGCUGCAUUUAUGAAUAAACCUUUAGAUGAAGUCAGAGAUUAUCACAGAGCUUUCUGGUAAAGAGGAGAAAAAUGUAUCAGUAACUUUAAUUAUAUUUAAAAAAAAGUUGAAACUACUGACAAAAAUAUUUAAAUGGCUAAGGAGUUUACAGAUUUUGUUAAAAUGAAGAUAGAUGACAGUGAGUAUAUUUAAGAAAAUAUUACUUUCGAUAGUAAAAUAUACAAAAAAUAUUCAAGCUAAAAACACUCCUUAGAUAAAGAUUAAUUAAUAAUAUAUUCAUUUUAUAAAUAUGGAUAUGGUGAAUGGGAGAAGAUUUUAUAUGAUAUAUAAAAUAACGUUUACUUUAGUCUCGAUGAAAACUUUAGAAUGAUGAGAGAAAGUGAUAUUAAGGCAAGAGCAAGAUCACUAUUCAACAUUUUGAAAGCAGAAAAUGAUAACUAAUUGCUAGGAGUGCGUUAAAGAUAAAUAUAACUCAAAAAGAUGUAAGAAGAAAAUAAAUAGAAUAAAAAAGGAGGAAAAAAAGCAUAAAAGUAAGAUAGUGAAUCAAGUAACAAUUCAAUAUUAAGUAGAAAUAGUGCAGAUAAAGAUGGCUUUAACAAAGUAAAACCAACCAAUAAAGAAGCUAAAAAAGAUUAGAAACGUCAAAAAUUAGUUAGCGAGAAACCUCAACAAAUUAUUGAAGAUGAUAUAGAAAACAUAGAAAAAAAUGUAAUAAAAAAAGAAAACAAAAAUAAAAACAAAAAAAAUGCUGUGGAAAAACAAAAUGUAAAUCAAAAAGACCAAGAAAACUAAUAAAAAUAAAAAAUAUUAUAAGAUAAUCAAAAUGAAAAUAAAUUAGAAAAUUAUUUUAGUAAAAUUGAUAAAAUAGUUAAAAAGUGA